UGACAAUUAAAAACCAGUCAGAGUCACGAUAAAUAGGUUGUUUUGAUUUACCCACUGACAUAAUUUGUGUGGCUCGUGUGCAGCGGAAACAUGCUCGUAGCUGCGUUAGUUCUACUAGUCUCCGUUUGUGUUCUAUAUAUUUAUUACGACCAUCAAAAACACCUCCCAGGACCAUGGAAUCUACCACUGAUAGGUUAUUUACAUAAGUUGGAUCCUGUGGUACCCUACCUGACUUUGACAAAACUAGCACAAAAAUAUGGACCAAUUUUUCGAAUCAAAUUUGGUUUAGUCAAUAUCGCUGUGAUAUCAGAAGCAAAGUUAUUAAAAAAAAUUUUACUCAGAGACGAAACUUUGGAAAGGCCACCACUUUUUAUGUUACGUUUGAUAUCCAGAGGCAAAGGGUUAGUGUACAGCCCACUCGAUUUGUGGAAAGAUCAACGCAAGUUUACUUCUAACUUUCUAAGAUCAGUUGGGAUCACAAAAUUUUCGCCAACUAGAAAGGAAUUAGAAGAUCUCAUAACGAACAAUGCUGAAGACUUUGUACAUCACAUAAGUAGUCAAGGGAACAUUGUAACUCUGGACCCCUCAGAAGCUGUGAUGCACUACGUCAGUAACAUCGCCGGUACUUUACUUCUGGGUAAAUUGUUUUCAAGUGGUGACGAGGUUCGCAAAAAUUUAAUACACUCUCUUGACAUGAUCGUGUAUGAAGCGGGGCUUGCAGGAGCUUUAAACUUUUUACCAUUUUUAAGCUGUUUGCCAAAGUAUAGGAAAACGUUAACCACUUUUAACGAUGCGAUGGACAAAGUUCGAAAACUUUUAGCCGGUUACGUUAGCGAGUGCGAAAAAACAUUUUCUGACGGUGAUUCCGCUACGAAUUUAAUUGAAGCGUUUCUGCUGCAGCGAUCAAAAGGUGGUCCCUCAGAAAUAUACAACACGGAUCAACUCAUACACCUUUUAUUCGAUAUGUUUACGGCUGCCACCGAAACCUCUAUAAGUUCGUUGAAAUGGAUCAUUCUCUACUUAACGCAGUACCAAGACGCGCAAAAUAAAGUACGCCAGGAAGUUUGUGACGUUCUACAUGGAAAAACACUUGAAAUGAGUGACGUACCGAAACUACCGUACACGCAAGCGGUACUUACAGAAAUAUCCAGAAUUAGAACCAUAAUACCACUGGGUUUUCCCCACUACGCUUCUGAAAAUGUCCACGUCGAUAGCUUUAAAAUUCGCAAAGGUACCAUGAUAAUGCCGUUAUUGUGGGCCAUUCAUAUGGAUCCCAAGGUUUGGGACCAGCCUGAGGAAUUUCGCCCCGAGAGAUUUUUAGACAAAGAGAAAAAUUUUGCGCCUUCAGAGUCGAUUCUUCCGUUUCAGUGCGGUAAAAGAAUGUGCGUUGGAGAUGAGUUUGCAAGAACGAUGACUUAUAUAUUUGUUGCUGCUCUAAUCAAGAAUUUUAAAAUUGAACCGUGUGCAUUCAGUCCUAUAGAUUUUUCGGGGGUUUGCGGGCUCUCACUAGUACCCAAACCGCAGAAAGUUGUUUUUGUAAAAAUUUAAUUUUUUAGUUUUAGUUCUGUAUUUUACUGAAAGUACGACCUGAGGCUUUGACAUACUUGUAAAUGUGGUUUUAAAAUGUUUUAG